AUGGAUGGCCUCGGCUGGAACCCCGCCCUUGGCAGCGGCAAGUCCAGCGCCGGCGGCGGGAAGAUUCCCCUCCAGAAGGACUUCUCCCGGAGGUCCGAGGCCGCUUCCUCCGGCGGGGGUGCGGCGACGGCGCCGCCGUCGUCCCGGAAAAACCGCGUCUGGAGCGCGCUGGCGGCGAUCGGCGGCUGCUUCUCCCCGCCGGAGACGGAAUUGGAGGGAACGAGCCGCAACUACUCCGGCUUCUUCAAGACUUCUCACAGCGGUCUGUCUCCCUCCUCCUGCCGAGAUUAGGGUCCUUGGUUGCCCGCCUCAUCCACUUCCUUGUUUUGGUGCAGAGACGACCAGCAGCGCCGCCGGCAGCACCGCCGGCAGCGAGAGGCGGCUGUCCCGGAGGGCAAUAUUUCAGGACGCCAACGCCGCCACGAAGACGGCGCCCGGCGGCCGGCAGUUUUCCAUGGCGGAGAUCUACAGGGCGACCAAGAACUUCUCCCCCGCCUGCAAGAUAGGGCAAGGCGGGUUCGGGACGGUGUACAGGGGGACGCUCGCCGACGGCACCCUGGUGGCCAUUAAACGCGCGAAGAAGGUGAGAGGAAGAUCCUCUUCCUUCUCCCCCCACAUCUUGCAGAGAAUCAGAGGAGGGCCGUGAGACUGACCUAGGCUUCUUCUUUUUCUUCUUCUCGCAGAGCAUCCACGACAAGCACCUGGGGGUGGAAUUCAAGAGCGAGAUCCAGAUCCUGGCCUGCAUCGAGCACCUGAACCUGGUCAGAUUCUACGGAUACCUGGAGCACGAGGACGAGAGGGUCGUCGUCAUCGAGUAUGUCCCCAACGGGACCCUCCGCGAGCAUCUCGACGGUAAGUUCCCCCCCUCCUUCUCCCUCCAUCGCCGCCGCUCUGGUUCCGGCCCGGCAUCUUCUCCGUCCCCCAUUUCCCAAUCCACCACCACGAGAGAAUACUUCAGAUCCUCUGGUUAAGAUAUAGAUAGACAGACGGAUCUCCUCUGCUCGUCGUCGAAUUGGCCUCGAAUUGAUCUGCUUCUUCCAUGGCGACCGCCGCAGGCCUGCGGGGUGACUUUCUCGAUCUCACCUCCCGGCUGGACAUCGCUAUCGACGUCGCACACGCCGUCACCUACCUCCAUAUGUACGCCGGUAGGCCGCUUUCUCUCUCUCUCUCUCUCUCUCUCUCCUCCGCCGAUGACGAGCUUUUGAUCAUCCUCUUCCUCCAUCCUUUUUUCCUGCAAGACGACCCGAUCAUCCACAGAGACAUCAAAUCCUCGAACAUCCUCCUUACAGACAACCUGCGAGCGAAGGUGGCCGACUUCGGCUUCGCCCGCAUGACCCCCGUCGACGCCGGCGUCACCCACAUCUCGACGCAGGUCAAAGGCACCGCCGGCUACCUCGACCCGGAGUACCUCCGGACCUACCAGCUCACCGAGAAGAGCGACGUCUACUCCUUUGGCGUCCUGCUGGUGGAGCUCAUGACCGGGAGGAGGCCCAUCGAGACGAAGAGGGAGAUCAGAGAGCGGAUUACUUCCAACUGGGUCAGCCCCCAUCUCAUCUCCUCCAAUUCUUCUUCUUCUUUCUCUCUCUCUCUCUGAAGAAGAAGAAGAAAAGGGCUGCUAAAUAAAAGAGAAAUCUUUAUGGGUUGUAGGCGAUUAAGAGGUUUGCGGAGGGGAACGUGCUGAAGGUGCUGGAUCCGCACCUGUCGCCGACGCCGGCGACGAGCUUCGCGCUGGAGAAGGUCUUCGAGCUCGCGGUGCAGUGCCUCGCCCCGACCAGGCACGACAGGCCCCCCAUGAGGAAAUGCGCAGAGGUCCUCUGGGCCAUCCGCAAGGAUUACCGGAGCAUCUCCACCAUGGAACAACCCCGCCUCCUCUCCCACCCCGACAGGAACACUUCCUACCGAGAUGGCAGGACCUGA